CCCGGGAAACGGGUGACACUGUCACUCAAUGCGACCGAAUCACAUGACACUGUCGCUCCUUCUAGCGCAAUGGAGCACACAUCGAGGAUGACGGUGUCGCUCGAAACGACGACGACCAUGACACUGUCUCUCACAAAGGCCCCAGAAAGGCCGCCACAAAGCAACUCGCAAACCGCACCCCGGCGUAACCGCACCGAUUGCAGUCGCCGAAUGGACGCGAUGCGCGAUCGCCACCGUGACGACCAAGAACACUGAGCGAGACAAGCUGAAUAGCGGCAGCGGCAUCAGGCCAGCGCCCGACCCGGAGGCGCUGCCGGUGCCGAUCCGGCUCCACCGAGCCUAGCCCAGAAGGGAGAAAUGAGAAGGGGCAGGAGGAGGAUGAGCAGGAUGCACUGGAGAGGGGAGCGCACGGGCCUCAUCGAAGUUGGUCAGCAGGCGCAAGAGAAGGCCCGCGAGUGACGGGCUGCCGCCGCUGCAGCAGAGCUCUGAUGCCCGCUCUGCGGCGGGCCAACACACGCGCAUGUGCUCUGAACGAGGCUGAAAGGCACUCAGGUCCAGAUCUAUCUUGAGUGCGCAGUGUGUUAUGUGUAGCGAGAAGGAUGUCACGCACGAAGAGGAGGACCCCUGGCUAAGCCAGCAGGCGCAGGAGGAGGCGGAGGCGCAGGUGGCCGGAAGACGAGGUGGAGGGAGAGCGGAGGAGCGGGAACAGGCCAGCCAGGAGAACGGGAUUGGGACCGUGAUCGCUGUGGCCACAAUGCGGCACGACGGCCAGCAGAGUCCGCCAGCCACGGCCAGCCAAGCACUGCCAAGGCAAAAACAAAAAACAAAAACACGAGAGAAAGGCUCCACAGGAUUCUACGUGUGUGCGCUACGGUACCUGGUGAAUCUAACCAGUGAUGGAUAUCAUCCUGGUCAUCCUCAUGGACUCCCCCUCCUGUUAUCGGUGGCGCCUGGGCGCCAGACCCCCCAUCGCUCUGGCCGCCGCCGAAGCACGAGGUGUGCACGGCGUCGCCGGCACGGAGAGGCAAACGGGAUCGCGAGCACCGCCCGGGCAGAUGUUUAAAACCGCGGCCUCGGUGCGCCAGGGCCGGGCCCCUGCAGGAGCAGAGCAAGCAGCGGGAGGGGGGAGGGGAGGAGGCGGAGAGGGAAAAGACAGGGAAAGAGGAGGAGUUCGGAGAUGUCGGGAUGGAGCCUCAUGGCGGGCACGCAAAGGCAUGGGGUUGCCACAACGGCCUGCUCACGUCGCCGAGACUCGUGCUCAGGCAACGCGAUGUGCCUUUCCCAAUAUACAGCCCCACCUCCUGCUCCACGUCCUCGUC